AUGAAUAAAUUCGUUAAUAGAAGUUUCAAGAAUGCAAGAUUUAUAUACACGUCAGCUCCUCGAAGGAAUUCAGAUGAUACAGGUCCAUUGAUAAAAAAGAAGAGACGAUUUUUUGACCUGAAAUUGUUCAGGCAGCACCUAAGGAGACAAAAAACGGAAGAGAUCGAAAAGGAAAAGAGAGAAAUAUUUAAAAGUUGUGCUAAGGAGGCUCCUGAAAACUGGACUGUUAGAACUUUUUUAGAGAAUAUAAAAAUCGGUGAAAAUAUUGAUGAAAUUGAAAACAGUUUUAAAAAUUGGGAAGAAUUUAUAACAACAUCACCCAGUGAGUUAUAUAAAAUAGAAUGUUUAACAAAUGAACAAAGAAGAAAAAUAUGGAAAUAUGUAAAUAAAUUUAAUUAUGGUUUAUAUCCUGAAGAUAGUUAUGAUGAUUUUGUUAAAAAUUUUCAAGCACCUCCAUUAGAGAAUGAAAAUAAAGAAUGGACUUCAAAAGACGAAGAUGAGCUAAUUUAUUAUUUAAAUUAUUAUGAUGUUGAUUUUGGAGAUCCAUGGUUAUAUAUUUCAUGGAAAAUGAAAAGAACUUUUGAUGAUAUACAAAAUAAAUAUAUAGAAAUAUAUUUAAAAGGGAAAAAUCAAAAAAGGAAAUGUGAAAUAUGCCUAACGAAAUGUACCACGCCAUUAUUAAUGAAUAGAAAAUUUAAAUUGGACCCUCCAUUUAUUUUUUUUAUACCCUCUUCUCUUAAUUUUCCUCCCAUGACAAUUUAUGAUUAUCAAAAGAAAAAGGAAUUGAUGGAUUCUAAUAAAAAUUGUAAUGAAUAUAAUUGGGAUGAGGAAUUGGACCAAAAAAAUAACGGAAAAAAUGAUUCUCUUUCUGAGAUAUCUUUGAAAAAUGACCCUCUUUACCCCUCUUAUGGGUCGUUGAUAUUUUCGUCAAAGUUUUUGGCUUUUGUUGAUCGAACAUGUUUUUAA